GGGGGGUGGGGCUUGUACACUCAGCUUCUGAUUGUUUAUUCCCACACGUACACGUACACUGCACCAUAGAUGAUAUAGACAGGUUGACGUACGUAGAGUCAUAAUAGAGAUGGCAGAGGCAACAGCUGUUGAAGUAGAGACAUCUCAAGUCGUUACACAAGUUGGGGAGGAAUCGAUGGUGUUGCGACUACACAAGCCCAAGACUGAUCGUAAGGUGAAAUGGGAGGAGGGUGUGGUCGACAAUGAGUUAAUGGGCAAGAAGAAAUCAAAAUGUUGCUGUAUUUACAAUAAGCCACAUAAGUUUGGUGAGUCUGAUUCUGAGAGUGAUCCUGACGAAGACGACUGUUGUCACGAGCACAGGAUCGCUCGGAGGAGAGUUCCUAAGCAACACGGCUCUGGGUCACGUGACCAAACUGGAGACACUUAGCUACCAACAUUCUAUAUUAUGUGUCUGUUAAUUGUAUGUAGCAUUACAUUUUUAAUAUCAAUUCUCCAUGACAUUUCAAAAGAC